CAUGUCCGCUGAAAAUACUGCAUUUUCAACUUCAUCAGAAGAGGCGAUCAAGCGUGCAAUCAAAGUUCAGAUAGAUGAGACUGCAGACCACCUCUCAGGCGAAGGAUUUGAUGAGUUUUACGAAAUCGAUAAGACAGCUAGGGAGAUUGAGAAAGGGGAUUACAAGCGGACGGCUUUACAAUUUCCAGAUGAACUUCUUCACGAUUCAGUAUCCAUUUUUUGCAAAUUGAAGCGGAAGAUUGGGUCGCAUCGAGAACUAUACGUGCUCGCCGACACUUCCUAUGGCAGUUGUUGUGUCGAUGAAGUUGCCGCACAACAUGUCGAUGCUGAGGCCAUGGUUCACUACGGAUAUGCAUGUAUGAGCCAAACCUAUCGACUACCAGUGUUUUAUGUUUUUGGGAAAAAGGGUGUCGAUGUCGAUGAUUGUGUUUCCAAGUUUUAUGACCUGUUUUCACGCCAUGAAAACUCACGUGGGGCGACCAUAGUAAUUCGACACGACGUUGUUUAUACGCAUCUAGCAGAGAGCAUCCUGGACAAACUACGGAAUACUGUACCACUCGGCGUAAAUCUUAUAUACUCCAAUGUACCGGAUAAACUCAUGCCGCCCACCGAUCAAACAACCCAGACGCAACCUCUACAUGAAUCAUAUCGGAUAUCAGAAGACCCUGUUCAAGACUGUACAAUACUCUACGUGGGCGAAGAAAGCUUGGGCUUGACAAAUCUACUCAUCACACACUCUGCCUGCGAUGUCUUUUCAUAUAGUCCUUCUCAAAAAACUUGUCAACUACAAUCCAUAAGGACUAAUAGAAUGCUCAUGCGGCGAUAUGUUGUCGUCCAAAAAGCCAGAGACGCUGAUGUAUUUGGGAUUUUGGUGGGAACCUUAGGAGUGGCUUCCUACCUUCCCCUCAUCAAACAUCUACGAGCGAAGUUAUCAGCUGCAAAGAAGAAGGUCUAUACAAUGAGCGUUGGCAAACUUAAUCCAGCGAAGUUGGCGAACUUUAUGGAGAUUGAGUGUUUCGUCCUGAUAGCAUGUCCAGAAAACAGCCUGAUUGAUGCCAAGGAAUUUUACCGACCUAUCGUCACCCCUUACGAGCUAGAAAUAGCUCUACAACCCGACCCUCAAUGGACCGGUCACUACGUUCUUGAUUUCGAAAAACUAUUGGCCAAAGAAUCCUCAGCGGCAGACGAAACUCAUAACGAUAAACAACAUAGCGAUGAAGAGGAUGGCGAUUGGCCUAUGUUUUCACUAGUCACUGGCAAAUACAGACACGCUCGACGGUUCGGUGGCGUUACAGAAACUCGCGAAGCCCAGUCAGAGAACGAGAGCUCGUCUUCCCUUAUCUCGAGGAAGGACCAAAGUGGUACGCUCGUCAAAGUGAGCGAGGAUGCCGCCAGUCAAUUCCUCCAGUCGCGUUCCUUUCGUGGAUUGGAGAUGCGAUUGGCAGAAGAUGCUCCGAGUGUGUUGGAACAGGGGAGAAGUGGGAUUGCGAGGGGUUAUGGGGAAACGUGAUGAUAUUUAUGGGUAUCUAUGUAUAUACAAGGCUACAUGCGAAAGUAGCCCCGCGGUACAGGAGCGUGAUCAUUAUAAAUAAAAAUAAAUCCAACAGUUUCCAUUCCAAGUAUAUCCAGCCAGGGCACGUCCGGGGAAUACUUAAGGAAGAA